AAAAUAAAAUUUGUUUUAUUUUUUUAAAAUGUUAAAUAUUAAAUAUUUUAUUUAUAUUAUUUUUACUUUAAUUAAUAAAUUAAAUGGUCAAUUAGAAUUUAGUGAUAAUUAUCAAAGUUUAAUAAGAAAAGCUGAUCUAUUCUAUUUGAAUCCUAUUCCAAAUGAUCAACCAGAAGAAAUAUCAAUAUCAGAAUUGGACAGUCCAUUUUCAUGGAAAAGUAAUGAUAUAAAAGUAAUUAUUCAUGGUUGGACUGCAGAUCGAAAUCAUGUUUCUAUAUCACCAUUAAAAUAUGCUUAUUUAGCUAAAGGACAUGAUGCUGUAUUUGUAGCAGAUUGGAAUGAAGCAGCACGUAUUAUAUAUUUAGAUUCAAGAUAUUUUGUAAAGCCGAUUGGAAUUAAAUUAGGAAAACUUUUGGAAAAAUUCAUUAAGAAAAACAAUAUUGCUCCGGAAAAAAUUCAUAUUCUUGGUCAUAGUUUGGGAGCACAUAUAGCUGGAAAUAUUGGUGAUUAUUUUAAUGGAACUAUUGGUCGAAUAACUGGUUUAGAUCCAGCUGGACCACUUUUUGAAAAUUUCGUAAGAGAUGGUUUAUUACCAAAUCAUGCAAAAUUUGUCGAUUGUAUACAUACUGCAAUACCAACUUUAGGACAACUAUUACAACGUGGUCAUGCUGAUUUCUAUCCAAAUUAUGGAAAAAUUUCCCAACCUGGAUGUGAAGUAUUGGAUGUUAUAACGGCUACUUCAUGCAGUCAUCUAAGAGCUCCAUUAUUUUAUGCUGAAAGUAUUCAAUUACCAUACAGUUUUGCUUCAUUUCCAUGUUCACUUAAAAGUAUUCUAAAGGAAAAAUGUUAUUUAAGAAAAUCUAAAAAUGUUGUAUUUAUGGGAGAAAAUCUUUCGAAAAAUGCUAAAGGCUCUUACUAUCUGCAAGGAAAUAAUGUCAGUCCAUAUGGUCUCGGAAUGUUUUCACUUGCAUAUUUGAAAUUUAAUAAUAAUUCAAACACUGAAAUUAAUGAAAAAAUUCCUCUUCCAACUUCAACAAUAUGUGCUAUUACAAAUAGUUCAAAUAUUGAACCAUAUAUAACAAGCCCUCUUCCAAUUUCAACUAAAACAAUUUCAAAUAUUUCAACUAAUUCGAUUUCAAGAAAUCCAACAUCAACCAGUUCGAUUUCAAGUAGUUCUACCUCAACUAAUGCAAUUUCAACUACAUCAACUGAUGAACGAACUACAAAAGAAAUUGUAACCAAACCAAUUAGUAAUGAAAAGCCAACACAAACUUCAACUUCAACAGUGCAAACUAUGCCGGCAGUAAUUAAUACACAAAUAACUACUGAAUCAUUUGCAGAAACUUUCACAGAGAAAUUUUAGGUUACAGGAAUGUUAUAAAUGCAACAGUAUGAAAGGUUGUAUAUGAAAUAAAGAGAAAUGUGAUAUUUGAAAAACAAUAAGUAUGUGUU